CACAAUUGCUUGUCAAUUUAUUGAUGUCGAAGACGGGUUUGAACAACACGACGGCACAAGUUGGAAGAAUCUUAAAGAGAUAGAGGCCAUCAUGCUUCUUGCUCAGCGCCUUCAAGACGAGGGAAGAAAUUUUUGUAUUAUUACCCCAUACGAUGCCCAGCGGAGCCUUAUCGAGAGUGCUCUAAAAGAGCAAGGACUUCAGUGGGCAGACAAAUGCUUCAAUGUCGACUCAUUCCAAGGAAACGAAGAGGACUACAUUAUUAUCUCAGUCGUGCGCUCGAAGGAUCUUGGAUUCCUCUCAAACCUCCGGCGCACGAAUGUGAUGCUCACGCGAUGCAAGCGAGGCAUGUACAUUGCCUCGAGCAAGAAGUUUUUGGACGGGAAGGGCGCAAGCUCCCUUGUAGGAAAGAUGGCGGCGCACUUCGGUGAGAGGGCCUGGAUAUCCUGGAGGGACCUUGUCGGAGGGAACUUCUGA